UUCAAACAGAAAAAUUAGCCCACAACAUGCUCCGUUGGCAUCUCGAUCGGACGGCAAUUACUCGUUCUAUCUCCCUAUAAAUAGCCAAUCUGUAGGGUUCAGGCGGUCGCCAUUUCGAGGGCAGGAGGCGGCGUUGACGAUGACGACGCGCUUCAGGAAGAACCGGAAGAAGCGGGGGCACGUGAGCUCCGGGCACGGGCGCAUCGGUAAGCACCGGAAGCACCCUGGCGGCCGCGGUAACGCUGGCGGCAUGCACCACCACCGUAUCCUCUUCGACAAGUACCAUCCCGGCUACUUCGGCAAGGUCGGCAUGCGCUACUUCCACCGCCUUCGCAACAAAUUCUACUGCCCCGCCGUCAACGUCGACCGCCUCUGGUCCCUCGUCCCCGAAGCUGUCAAGGACGCCGCCGCCGCCAAAGGCGGCGCCACCGCCCCCUUGGUCGACGUUACCCAGUUUGGGUACUUUAAGGUGCUUGGCAAGGGAAUUCUGCCGCCUGACCGGUCCGUCGUGGUGAAGGCCAAACUCGUUUCCAAGAUCGCCGAGAAGAAGAUCAAGGCCGCCGGUGGCGCCGUCGUGCUCACCGCCUGAUCCGCGCGAUCUGACGGUCGUAUCGUACUCUUCUCGUUAUUUCCAAGCCAUUUUUCCUUCCUAAUCUGCUCGAACUUAAUACUUGGAUUUUAGAUCUUGAAGCGUAGUGUAGUGUUUAUGAUGUGUUCGAUCUUUUGUCUUUGAAGGUGGUGCUUGGUCUAUAAUUCACAUUUAGGCAAAUGCAGUUGGUAAUGCCAUUGAUGUUGAUUAGGGUUCUACUCAUGUUUGAUUGGAGCAUCUGUUUCUGGUUCAUAAUUAUUGGUCUUCAUAAAUGAAUUAACCUAAAUAUACACUGGUUU